GCCCACUGGUUUAACCGUCUGGAGCCACUCCCAGGGCCGAGGUCCAGGAGGAGGGCAGGACUACAACUCCCAGCACGUCGUGAAGCCACGCCCCCGCCCCCGCAGCUCCGCCCCCGCGGGUUCUCCAUUGGCCUCCAGGGGGUGGGGAUUAGAUGGGAGGUGGCCAUGGGGCCGUGGCAGGGGUUUGUACCCUCCUCGGCUUCCGUAGAGGAAGUCGCGCCGACCUGUAUCUGGGGUUUCGGUGUCCCCGCCUUCCCGGGGGUCCGGGGUGACAUUGCACCGCGCCCCUCACGGGGUCGCGUCGCCACCCCACGCGGACUCCCUGGCUGGCGUGCUUCAUCCCUUCGCCUCUCUUGGCCGGGCCCCCACCUCGCCCCCAGCUGCCCAGCCAUGGGGGCCGCAGUGUUUUUCGGAUGCACUUUCGUCGCUUUCGGCCCGGCCUUUGCGCUUUUCUUGAUCACUGUGGCAGGAGACCCGCUUCGCGUCAUCAUCUUGGUCGCCGGGAAGGCAGAUGAGGGGUUAGCAUCGCUGAGUGAGGACGGAAGAUCGCCCAUCUCCAUCCGCCAGAUGGCCUAUGUUUCUGGUCUUUCCUUCGGUAUCAUCAGUGGUGUCUUCUCUGUUAUCAAUAUUUUGGCCGAUGCACUUGGGCCAGGUGUGGUUGGGAUCCAUGGAGACUCACCCUAUUACUUCUUGACUUCAGCCUUUCUGACAGCAGCCAUUAUCCUGCUCCAUACCUUUUGGGGAGUUGUGUUCUUUGAUGCCUGUGAGAGGAGACGGUACUGGGCUUUGGGCCUGGUGGUUGGGAGUCACCUACUGACAUCGGGACUGACAUUCCUGAACCCCUGGUACGAGGCCAGCCUGCUGCCCAUCUAUGCAGUCACUGUUUCCAUGGGGCUCUGGGCCUUCAUCACAGCUGGAGGGUCCUUCCGAAGUAUCCAGCGCAGUCUCUCGUGUAAGGACUGACUACCUGGACUGAUCGCCUGACAGAUCCCACCUGCCUGCCCACUGCCCGUGACUGAGCCCAGCCCUAGCCCGGGUCCAUUGCCCACCAUACUGUGUCUCCUCGUCGGUCUAUUCCACCACCUUCAGGGUUUUGCUUUGUCCACUCAUGACCUUUAGUCUCUAGGCUUUACCAGGAGCAGUCUGGGUUCAGCCAGUCAGUGACUGGUGGGUUUGAAUCUGCACUUAUCCCCACCAUCUGGGGACCCCCCCCUUGUUGUCCAGGACUCCCCAUGUGUCAGUGCUCUGCUCUCACCCUGCCCAAGACUCACCCCCAUUCCCCUCUGCAGGCCGACGGCAGGAGGACAGUCGGGUGAUGGUGUAUUCUGCCCUGCGCAUCCCACCCGAGGACUGAGGGAACCUUGGGAGGGACCCCUGGGCCUGGGGUGCCCUCCUGAUCUCCUCGCCCUGUAUUUCUCCAUCUCCUGUUCUGGACAGAGCAGGUUGCCAAGAAAAGGGACCUAGUUUAGCCAUUGCUGUGGAGAUGAAGUCAACUGGAGGUUCAAGGGUAGACGAGCUCUGAGUUUCCCAGUACCCCCUCCCCAGACUGGAUAUCUUAAGUCUUUUUCUCAGGUCUGAGGGGAACCAUUUCUGGUGUGAUAAAGACCCCCAAAUUGCCUUUUUCUUUUGAAGCGGGAGGAGGGAGGAAGUAUGUGUUAAUUCUUCUCCUAACCUCCUUGGACUAUAUUUUCCCUCCUCAAAUUGCUCCUUAUGGCUGGGCUUAUAUCUAUCCAGCUUUCCCCUUGGUCCCAGGCUUUGGGGGAAAGGAAGGAAGUGCAUGUUUGGGAACUGGUAUUACUGGAACCAAUGUUUCAACCUCCUUGACCACCAGCAUCCCUCCUCUCCCCAAGGUGAACUGGAGGGUGCUGCGGGGAGCUGGCCCACUCCAGAGCUGCAGUGCCACUGGGGGAGUCAGCCUACCGUGACAUCGCAGGGAAGGAGGGCAGAUUUUUUUUCUAGUUUUUAAUUGGGGGAUGUGGGGGGGCGGGGAGGUUUUCUAUAAACUGUAUCAUUUUCUGCUGAGGAUGGCAUAUCCCAUCCUUUUAAUCAAGGUGAUUGUGAUUUUGACCAAUAAAAAGGACUUUAUAAUUGUG